AUGGCCCCCAAGAAACCAGAACAAAAGACGGAAGCAAUGAAACUUUCUCCAGAACCAGCUAAAGAACCAGACUUCGACCCACACAGCAUCAAGAUUGAGUUCAGUGCUGAUCAGAUAGAAGAGUUUAAAGAAGCCUUCCAGCUGUUUGACAGAACUCCAGAGAAUCGGAUGAAGAUCUUGUUCUCUCAGUGUGGGGACGUGAUGAGAGCUUUGGGACAGAAUCCAACCAAUGCUCAGGUCCUGCGAGUGCUGGGACGACCAAAAUCAGAGGAAAUGGACAGUAAACUGGUGGAUUUUGAGACCUUCCUGCCAAUGCUGCAACAUGUGUCGCAGUCAAAAGACAAAGGGACGUAUGAGGAUUUUGUAGAAGGCCUCAGAGUCUUUGAUAAAGAGGGAAAUGGGACAGUGAUGGGUGCAGAGCUGAGACACGUUCUUGUUACUCUGGGAGAGAGGAUGACAGAGGGAGAAGUGGAACAACUGCUGGCAGGACAGGAAGAUGCUAAUGGAUGUAUUAACUAUGAAGCUUUUGUCAAGCACAUCAUCGCUGGCUGA